UAAAAAUCUACUCUUCUUCAUCGUCUAUGAUAAUGUCAAAUGCAUUCCGACUAAAGUCUAUGUCAUCCUCGUCACGCGUGUACUCCUCUUCUUUGUCAUCGUCAUUUUCGACUCGCACGUUGAUGAAGCUAUCCUUUAAUAAAUCUGGCGCAUUGAUUAUGUCGGUUAUGGGCUGAGUAAUUACACUAUUGCUUUCUGGCAGCGGUGAUAGAUCUUGAAAAGGGUCAAGGGAUUCAAGUGAAGUGGAUCCCAUGCGAACUGCGUCGUAAAUUCCAGAUGCUUUCCACCCAUUCAAAACGACUUCACGGCCAUCUGCCGAAGUGAUAUGGUUAUAAAACUGGAGGAGCCAACUUGCAUGAAGAGGCUUGAUGGUGGUCAGCUUUAAUUGAAUAUUUAUAUCUUCGAUCUUUUUGUUAAGGGAUAGCUCUUUCUCGAUCUGUUUUGAAUACCAUUCAGUGAACAAAUUUCUCAUGAAUUGCUUGCAAUGAUUAUUCACAGUAAGAUCCAAGGGCUGGAAUAUAUGUGUCAUGUUACUUGGAACCAAAACCAGGAAGAUGUUGUUCUUCUUCAGCAAUUCGGUAACUUCCUCAGUAAUUUGUCCUCGAAAGACAUCGAAUAUUAGAAGAGCAGCUUGCUUUGGGUUAUUUAACUUCUUCCUCUGGUCUUCAACGUGCUUUAGAACGAUCUCUUUGAUGACUUUGAUGGAUUCUUGUGUAUUGCUGUAGUGUUUGGGAUUAACGCUUAGUGAGAACGAUUCGGGGAAUUCAAACUUUGGGAGGCUUUGAUUUGUUUUCCCCCCAUAUAUCAGUUGCAUUGGCAGAAAAGAACCAUCAAGCGUAAUAAUAAAGGUACCAGUAAGGCAUCUUUUGUCGGAAGAUCCAACGAUAGGGACGGACGAUGAACCCUUUUUCGCCAUGGUGUGAUUCAUUCUUGGAACAAACUUAAGAGGUGUCUGGUCCAGAUUCAUAACAAGUUGGUGAGGGAUGCUGUGUUGUUCGAUGGUCGAAACAAUAUCGUGAAGAAAUAGUAAUUCGCACUCCUUUUUGGCUCCUUCAGUGAUUUCAACUUUGGAGGUCGUUUUCAUUCUUUUCUUGAAACCCAUUCUCUUGAAGAGGCUUUUUGCCCAACUGUUAUCAAUUUUAAUAUGCCCCAACUCAAAUUGAGGGUUUCGUGAUAUUAGAGCUUUCGCUGCAGCGGUUGCAACUGUUCUUGAAACAACACCUCCUCGAUUUCUCAGUGCAAUUAAAAAUCUUUGUACCAUCUCAUCUAGACUGCCAAGGAACAGAGGUCUACCGCGUUUCAAAGGAACAAAUUUGGUUACCACGCUACGUUUUUCUCGGGUUGAAUCUUUCAGCUCUUUUUUGUAAAGAUUGCCAAAUCUUCGAGCUGUACUCUCACUUAACGGCCUGUCUUUGGUUUGAAACUUUGUGAUUGCAGCCGCACCACCAUGAAUCGCAACAUAUUUUCCGAUAUCAAAUCUUUCUUUUUCUGACCAACGGUUGUAUGAUUUUUUGCCACUGGAUUUAACAUUUUCAGUCGCGUCUGUAACAGCUUCGUAGUCUAACGAACCAAGGGAUGAUUCUUGCUGGAAGUCAGUUGGUUGUGGGCCUAAAAUGAAUAAAACGAACCACUAUGUAAUUGCGAAUUUUGACCAAAAAUUAAAAAUUUUCAAACAAAGAAAGAAACUUCUUCGCAGGUAGGUAUAACAAAAAAAAACAUCAAAGAGAAAUACUUACUUUGUUCCCUAGAACUGUUUGAAGGUGUUUCGUCUGAAGUUUUUUCCUUUUCAGCGGCCCUUUGUUGAGCUUCUUUCUCUUGUAAUUUAGCUAACUUCCUGAUGUAAGACAUUUUGAAAGCCGGGAGAUAAAAAAGGAAACAGCUAGAAAAGAAAAGACGUCCAUAUGGCUUACAACAAGACGUUCGAGUUUACAGCUGCUGUCAGAGGAUUCCAUUAUUAUAAAACUUAUUGGAAACCUGAGGAAAAUCAAUCACUGGACUGCUUUCAUGAGAACAACAAUGUUUUCGAUAGAUUUGCAAUCAAAGUUUGUGAAUUCGGAAAUGACAAACCAGUUGGCCAUUUACCCAAAGAAAUCUCAAGGGUUACAAAAUUUCUUCUGGACAGAGGAGCGUCUAUGAAAUCCACGUUGACAAGUGUACACUAUCGAAGAUCACCUCUCGUUCAAGGAGGCUUGGAGAUCCCCUGUAAAAUAACUGUUACUUUACCAGGGACAGUAAACAAUCUUUUGGUUCUUGCAAGAUACCAACAACUUGUAGAAGCCUUGUAUACAGAGCCGAAAGAGGAAUUGAUUCUUGGUUCGUUCUUACAUAUUGCAGUUAUUUUAGAUGUCGUGGUUCCAACCGAAGAGAGACCAAAGCGUAAAAAAAAUACAGCCAAAAGCCAAAGCAAAGAGACGAAAAAGCAAAAAGAUAUUCGAAACUUUUUUGGAAACACCUCAGCUGCACCAGCCCCAAAAAGGCAAAAAGUUAACAACAAACCUAAAAAGUCGUCACCAUCGUCAAGCAAGGACUUAGAAAUCAUAAAUAUUGAUUAAAAAUUAUCUUGUAUUAGAGGUUUAUUAUGACAUAAUAUUUCUAGCGCAAAGGUAUAUUUCUAAAAGAUAUAAAAAAUUGAAAAAAAGUUGAUUUUUGUCGAUUUUUUAAGGGGAACUUAUUUUGGCGGAUCAACGAAAUUUUUAAUUUUGGCGGGAACUUAUUUUGGCGGGUGGCGAUUUUUUUUAAUUUUGGCGGGAACUAAUUUUGGCGGGUGAGUAAAAUAUUUAAUUUUGGCGGGAACUAAUUUUGGCGGAUUUUGCCCCAAUCCGCCAAAUCCGCCAAAAUUAGUUCCCGCCAAAAUAAGUUCCCUUAAGGUACAUUUAAGUCCCUCUAGCAAUUCGGCAUAAAUUUUAUGUAUCUAAUCAGAAUUUUCUCAUUCGAAAACCAACUUCACAUGCUCUCGCAAGCUAUUGCAACCCAUGUUAAUAACGGAAAGAUCCCUUCGAACAUGUGCGACCGAUAUUUAUACAAAACGCCUAUAAUCUUUAUUAAUACGUAGGACAGGGUUUCUGUGCUAUGAAGUCUAGUUGCACGGUCAAACCCUUACGAAGAACAUACCAAAGUUAAGUGUUCAUGUCUAAGGUCAGAAAGCUUUUCUGUUUCCAGGUUUGCUGCUUUUCAUUCUUCGUCACAACCAUUCUAAAGGUUUGGUUCCAAGUCUACCUUUUUUAGCCCUGGGCUUUGUGUCAGUAGGUAAAAGCAACAACGAUACGAUUUGUAGUGGUCGACUCUUCUUUUUCCAAUGUUUAACAAAAGUUUGAGGUUUUGGGGAAUGGUGUCAAUGAAUGUGGCUGGUGUCUUGCAGGAGGCAGGGGAUGCUUACUCAAGGGCCCGCACCAGAUCCCAAGCACGAGUGAAUUUCGCCAAUCCUCAUGUUUCCACAUUCAUAGGUGUUUGUUUCGGUACAGCCGAAAUCCAUUAGCUUUUCGGUCAUCCCUGUAAAGGGGAGAAUACAGAAGUUCUCCAGUUGUUUCUUAUUCUUUGGAGAGAAACCUCCUUUUUUUAUUAACAUCUCUGUCUUAAAAGGCUAUUUUAAUGGGAGAAAUUACGUGAGACAAAUUUGCGCGAAUUUUGCGAAUUUGCCCAAAGUUCGCGAAAAUAAAUUAAAAAACAACCAAUUAUUGGCAUUCGCGAAAAUAAAUCCCCUAAACCUUUAUCAAUUUGGCCAUUCCCGAAAAUAAAUCUCGUAAUUUUUUUUCAAUAAAAUGAUAAAAAAUGAAAAAUAUUUCAAAAAUUUUCAGAUUAAAGAAAGUUCACGUUUCAUAUAACGUAGGCUUACGGGGAUAUAUGCUCUAAAAGAUUUCGAAUUGAUGAAGUCGUAGAAGUUCAGAGGUACGUGUCAAGCGGAAGAAAAAUAUUUCGAAUAAUUAUUGUAUACAUGUAUGUAUUUUUGGAUCAACAAAAUCAAUAAAAAUGUUUUUCUCCUUCGAAGAAAAACUGCUUUGUUGCUUGCUUGCUGCUUGUCGAAACAUAUUUCGAAUGUCCAACGUUUUUUCUUUUUUUUUUUCACGACUUUCAAUUUUGGUUCGUGCGCUUGCGUCUUAGUAGCACUUCUUUCUGCGGGCUGUUAAAAAAGAGUCAUUUCAUCAGCAAGAAUCGAACCAAGGAUUUGCGCUCCCUCCUUGCACGAGUGGAGAUCUUCUGUAAUGCGUUUCAAAACGAAUAGCAGUAAUAUCGGCACCUCUUUCCAUUGAAAACUUCGUCACCCUAGUGAGCUCUCGCGGUAGAUGACAGACUGUGUUACCUUCUCUGUUGCAUGUUCUGAUUGCAAAUACGUCAAAAGGAUUGUUCAACGUUGGCUUCAUAAUAAAGGCAACAUAAGCCAUGCGAAUUCUAUUAUCCAGAUAUUGUCACCUCCUCCCCCUUCAGACUUUGGUUACAAUUGCCAUCAGAAUUGACCUCUUCCCCGCCGCAUGUCAAGUCAAUAUCUUUAAUCAUGCCACACAUAAAUCAGUGUAACUCACCAAUACACCCCUCAAAGUUUCUGCGAGCUUUUCAAAGUAGUAGGCGUGUACAUAUCCGGGAAUAUUUUACAGUCAUUGAUAAGCUUGUAUAUAUAGGCUGAUCACAACAACAUUGUGCAAGUCCUGACAUUUAUAUAUAUUUUAAAGAGCAGAAAGACCAAUACCGCCUAUGUACAACUCAAUAACAACAUGUCUCAGUACAUUUUUACAACCACAGUAACUCCUGGCCAGCAAUAAGUGGUUUUGUCUUUUAAUAACAGGUACCACUUAGUUGCAACCAUCAACCAAUCAGGUACUACUGGCCACUUGUUAGGGCACCUGCCUCUAGUGUGACGACUGCUUAAAUAGCUGUUAUGCACCUGAAAAAUUCGACUGAAAUCAUAAUGGUCCGUGAUUUUACUUGCAAUUAUCUUACCCCUUAAUAAGUUUAAUACCAAAAAAGAAUCGUUUUUGAGGAACUUUGUGAUCUUUGUGGUAAUUUAUUUAUUUUCCUUUUGCUACUUACAAGGAAAGGAUGUGUCGUUCCAUUGGGAAAUUUGUUGGAAUUUAUGCUUGUUUGUUCCAUUUCAAUUCUUUUAUAUAUCAUAAUGGUAAAUUAUGCGAAUUGAUUAUCGUAAUGAAUAGAUGCUUUAUGUGUGGAAUACUCUGAAACCUAAUUGACAUUGUGCCAUUGAAAGAGAUUUCAUUCUUGCUCUUACUUUAACUCUACUAUAGAGAGCGUAUUUUAUUAUAAAAAGGAAUUGUUUUAUGAGAAGUUUUGCAACUAAUACUUUGUACUAGUCGUUACCCGUGGAAAAAUCAACGGAGUCGUCCGUCUUUAAACUACAUGCUGUUUGGUGUGCUAGUUGCACGACACUUUUCUUAUGCACAGACAGACAAAAUAUAGAGAAAAGAAGUAAAAUAUAAAAGUAGGUUUAUCAAACUUAACCUUUAUAAUAAUUAUGAUUCAUUUCUAUUAGGAAGAAAUGAAUGCCUUAUUUGUUUACCUUAUUUAUUUUUCCUUUGUUAAACUGCUCUAGUUGAAAAGAAGGUGGUGUAGUGCGGUUCUCAU